AAGUGGAGGGAAGUCGGGCGGCGCGGCUCCUGCGCGUUUUUCUCCUGAACUACUCGCUGAAUGUCAUUAGACUGAGCUGUUCCUCUGAACUGGGUCGGGCCCUCCCUGCUCCUCGCUCGGGUCAGUUCUGGAAGCGAAACUGUCGCUGGGGCUGAGAAAAAAAAAAAAAAAAAAAAGCGUUUCCUCCUGACAGAAACUCACUUCCGACGGAGAGGGCUGCGCGCGCUCGGCUCGGUACUGGCGCUCUGAAUGCGGCUGUGCGGGGUGUGAAGAUGGAGCUCGCGCUGCUGUUCUUCUUAUUUCACGUUUUCUCAUUUCUCACGAAGGGAAAGGCCUCCUCACUCCCAUAUCAGAGCAUUGGAGGAGAAUGCUUGAACAGUUCCACUGAGUACAUUCCCACGGACUCGUCCCUGUGCUGCAGCAGGUGCAGGCCAGGAACCCGACUGGAGACGGUGUGUACCAUUGGCAGGGAUACGGUCUGUAAGCCAUGUGAAGAGGGAACAUACUCGGCCACUAUGAACUUUCACACCAACUGCUUCAGCUGUGUUACGUGUUCUCCAUCUAAAAACCUGCUGUACAUCAAGAACUGCACCAGCGUGAGUGACGCAGAGUGUGAGUGCAAGCCUGGGUAUUACUGCUCUCUGCCCCACAAUCAAUACUGUACCCAGUGCUUAAGGCAUAGAAAAUGCCCCCCUGGCAGAGGAGCCAAAUCACCAGGGACACCUACACAAAAUGUCCAGUGUGCGGUAUGUCCUGAGGGAACAUUCUCUAAUGAAACUGAUCAAGAGCCUUGCAAGCCACACACAAAGUGUGAGGGGAGGGCUAUGAUAAAGCACGGAACUUCCAGAACAGACACUGUAUGUGGGCCACCUCUUUCUAUUCAGAAUCCCCGUCUUCCUCUGACCACUCAUGAUCCUCACGCCAUGACCAUGACCAAGACCAAUCCACCUGUCUCUCUACCUUCAAAACCCACCACCUCACAUUCAAAUCCCACCACCUCAUCUUCAACCCAUACUGUUGAGGUCUUCAGCCUUCACACACUGACCACUGCCUGCACGUCAGAAGAACCUUAUAAUGACCAAAAUUGGACGUACUGGAUUGUUCUAGGCCCUAUAGCUGUUAUCGUGCUGCUGGUGCUUUUGCUGACGAUGACUUUCGUAAUUUGUCACAGGAAAGGUUUAACAAAGCCCCCAGUCACAGAAGCUGAGCCUGGACUUGCAUCAGACUUGGCCCUUCCCUACAGCAAGACGGAGUGCCAGCAUCUGCUAGUGGACAGCAAAACGGACCCCUCCACGUCGUCAUCCACAUCAUCAUCCUCAUCGUCAUCAGACAGCCACAGCCAGGGCACAGGGGCCAGUCAGGACAGCAUCCACAUAGACCAGCCGGUGGUCUCCAAUCCGUGUGUUAACGUCAGCUUCACGGCCACGUUUAACUGCCAGGUGAACCCGACCACAGGCUCCUGCUCCAUCCCCAUCAGCCCCGUGCUCCAGCCCCAGCUGGUCCAGACCGAACCCCCCCUUUCUCAAGAGGAGGAACUGGGUGUCUCCUGCGAAGAGGAGAACAGCAAAGAUGCCUCACAGUCAGUGCAAGAGAGUGGGAUGACUGUGUUCUGAAGAUGAGGGGGAAGUCCGCUGGCUUCUUUCAGUGGCGAGCGUUUGAUCCAAGCUUGCGUGUGUGGGGGUUGUUGACGCUCAACCGCUGCAUGCUAUCUUUAUACAAUGAGCUGUCUCAGCUUCGGUCUUAUCCGUGGCUGGUCAGGCCAAAGACUACACCUCUUGCCGUUUUGUGGCCUCACCUGUAGAUUGCAUAUGACCAGACAGCGACAUUAGCCACAUUGAGCAUCAUCGUGUCAUCGGUAAAGGUGUUGAACAGCAGCCAGCUGCAUGCCGUCGUGCAGCAGAGAUAAUCUACCAUAGAUAAUCUGAGAUUAGUCAGGCCCUAGUGCUAAUACAGCAUUUUCUUUCUUGCGAAUUGCUGAAGAUAACAGCACAUCUUUGUUAUGUCUGACAAAGGCAGACCAUGCACUUCAGAUGGACUGGCUACAACACGCAGAGCCGGAGAGCUAAAGUCGGUUGAGAAUAUAACUCAUGCUCCAUAGUUUUGUCAGUUAAUGUUGGUGCUUGGGUCAUUUAGCCAUCACCAGAACAGUAUCAUAUCAUUCUUUUCUCAUUUAAAUACCAAAACUAUGCAAUGUUAUACAUUAUAAGCCCUUUGUUGAACAUAUCCGGGUAUUAGUGCCAGGUUUUCAGAAGUAAUUCUUGAACCUGUGGCCUACAUGACAGAUGCUUUUAAGUAGGCCUUGUAUCAGCCAGCCAGUUACAGAGUCACAAAUGCACUUUACUCACAAUUUAACUCCUCCAAACUGUGCGCUUUCAUUGUGUGUUAAAGGGUCACACAGACAACUGAUGCCUCCUAGUGGUAGAGAACUGUACUGACACCUUGCAUGACCUUGUCUACUGCCGUUUGUAAUUAGCAGUGCCCAAAUACGAAGUAACGUUUUAAAAGAAAUGUCUUUAAAAGAACGUUUUAAAAGAAAUGUCUCACUGCACUGUAAUGUGUGACAAUUUCUGAAUUUAAUGUGUAAAGUAUUUUCCUUUUUUUUUUUACAAAAUGCUUUUUGUGUGCACUCUACAUUAGCUAUUUUAGCUAAUAUUCGAGCAUACAUAUAUAUAAAAUGUACAUAUAUAUUUUUAUACAAAUGAAUAUAAGUAAACAGAAAUUUUGCACAUGAAUGUGUCUCCCCCCCUCAACAUUUUUCAACAUGACAAUUGUUUGUAAAGCCCCACUCAGGAAGCCAUGUAUGCAUUAAAGUACAUAUAUUUUAAAGAAAUCUGCAGGAAUAUUUUUCCACAUGUCUAAAUUUCAGUCUCAGAAGUUGAAAGACUUCUGAUUCUGGUGGUCCAUGAGGUGGCCUCUGGGGUGAACCGAUGGACCAUUUUCUCUGUAUGUUUAAAACUUUCUACUGAACUUAUUUUCCUUUGACUUUGUCCUUGCUUAUACAAGAUGAUUGUCUUCCUUCUAAUCGCCUCAGAAAUAUCUCUGGAACAAUAAAUAACCUUUUUUACUGUCGGUUUUGGCUGGAAAUGAAAUAAAAAGUUUGUUUUCCACAG